UGAUGUUGGGAGAGGUUAGGUCGUUCGUGCGUUAUUAUCUCCAGUUAAAUCUACUUUGAGGUUCAGUGUAUAUUUCUAGAGGAUCCCAGUAUGACUAGUAAACGUAGCAAUAACAGCUUAGAGCCUGGGUUUGAGAAGGCAACUCCCUUGAACUUGCCAUCUCUCGGGGAGUCGGCGUUGGCUCGAUUUCUGAGCACUGCUGACGAGUUCGUCUCGGCUGAGUUUCGGUCGAAGAAGUUGCAGAAUUCUGCAAGAGAAGACUAUGGCGAUGAGGCUGUGGGGUAUGUGCAAGUUCAGCUGAGGCAAGAUGUGUCAGUUGUUUUGGGAAAGGUGACACCAGAACAUAAGGUGAAGCAGCCCCCCUACUCUGUUGCUGUCCAGAUCAUUAACAGCACUGGGGAGAUCGAAUUCGCCAGAUGUUAUGGCUGUGCAGCCCAGAUGGGUGGCUGCAAACAUGCUGUCGCGUUCAUCUUCUGGCUGUACAGAAGAACAGUCGAGAAGGCGGUCACUGAAGUCCAGUGCUACUGGACAAAGCCAAGACUGUCCAAGGUGGGCACUCUGAGCCCUGUGAAGGCAAAACAGCUCGUCCAGAAGAGCAAGCACCAGAUGGGUCCUCUGCCUCCUCAGCCGAACUUUCUCCAGCAAGUGCUCCAGAAAAUGGACCAGAGUGGCAACUCGAAUGUCACUGGGGUGGUGUUUGCCAUGUGCCAGGCGACAUCAUCAAACUGCAAGGCUGCUGAAAUGAAAGUGCUGUGCCAGGGCUGUCCUGAUGUGUCUGCAGUGUGUUCUUUCUUGGCUGGAAAAGUGACUGCAGAAAUGGUGGCAGAUGUGUGUGCUGCCACCAGAGGGCAAUCGCAGUCACCCGCAUGGUACCACCUGCGGUUCGGAAGGGUGACUGCAUCAAGGCUGUAUGAAACAGCACACUGCAAGACGGCUGCUGGAUCGCUCGUGGAAAGCAUGCUGGGGUAUAGGAGCACUGCAGGAUCCCAAGCCAUGCAGAGGGGACUGGCGCUGGAGCCAAAGGUGCUGAAGUCGGUGUCCAAGCGCCUGUGCACACCAAUCACUGCGACAGGCCUGCACAUUCUGUCAGACAGGCCGAUGUUCGCCGGAAGCCCGGAUGGCCUGUGCACUCUAAAUGGAGUGCAGCAUGUAGUGGAGGUGAAGUGCCCCGUGUCAGUAAAAACUGUUGAAAAGUAUGUGGACGAGGCCGGUGCCAUCUUCCCAAAAGUGAGAGCACAGCUUCAGCUACAGAUGCUGGCGGCUGGUGUGGAGCAUGGGCUGUUGUGUGUGGCAGACCCACAGUUUGAGAAAAGUGGAGCUGUGUGCGUGGUCUAUGACGAGCUGGACAUGGGCUUCCUGGGACCGAUCAUGGACCAGGCAGAGCGGUUUUGGCGCAUGGCGGUGCUCCCCAUGCUUCUGUGAGCUUCUGUGUGCUUCUGUGUCAUGCAACAGAGAGAUAACUAUGGGUUUCGCGGGCAUGCUGAUGUGCCUGUCUGGCCUGUCACCGUCCACGUUGCCACCACGUUGUCAUGUGUGUUGGAUCACCCCAUCGUUGAUGUUCAUUUGAUGACGUGCUGUUGCUUCGAUUGCUCUGUGCGUGUUCCCACAGGUCGUGGUGCUGUAUCAUGUUCUGUCUCAGAGUUUGUGUACUUCGUGCAUUAUGGCUGCGGUUAUAACUGUUUUGCAUACGAGAUAUUUGAAUAAAUCCUGUA